AUGAUUACUGCCCGGCCGGCAGUGACCUUUGGGUCAUGGGACGAUGGCAAGGAGAUCCAUGUUUAUGUCUUUUCCAAUAUCAACAAGGAGAAGAUCGAAGCAGCACAGAUCCCCCUCUGGAAAGCCAUCGUCGCUGCUGCCGCACGCGCUUUGAAUCUUCCCGCUGAUGUUGCCUUCACGUUUUGA